GGCUCAGGGCUGCGUAUGGCGGGGGGGGGGGAGCGCUCAGUGCUCAGACCGCGCAAUGUGCGCGCAGAUGCGGCGCCCACGCAGGACGGGAAUUCCGCGUGCGGUGCGCGGGGCGCGCAGCGUAUCCAGAGCGCGGGCGGUGCUGCAGUGCGCGGGGUGUGCAGUGCGCGUGCAACGCGUGUGCAACCACUCCGUGUGCGCACCGUCCCGCAGCCGGACCGGCAGCCGCCGCUUUCCCACGGGCCCCCCCCGCAGAAAGGAGGGGGCUGUGGAGGGGGAGGGGGGGCGGAGCAGAACGAGGCGGGGCCGCCCCCCCCUCCCUCCCCACCCCCGGGGCCGCCUCCCGCGGGCGCGGACGUCCCCGUUCCGUUCAGCCCUCCCGGGAGCUCCGCCGCCGCCGCGGGACCGAACGGAACGAAGCGGGCCGGGCCGGGCCGGGCCAUGACCCCCCCGUGCGGCGGAGCGCUGCGCUGCGCGGUGCUGUGCGCGGUGCUGUGCGCGGUGCUGUGCGCUCAGGGAUCCGCCGCCACCCGCGCAGAAUGCAGUGAGCUGCUGUCCUGCGAGCUGUGCACCGCCGCUCCUCCGGCACCCAACGGCACCGAAUGCCUCUGGGGGGGCUGUGGGGCACCGGAAACGUGGAGCUGCAUGCACAGCGGGGCGGCUGCGCGGGACAAAUGUGUGCUCUACAACAGCAGUGCCCUGUGCCCAGCACUGAAAUCCCCCACCAAAGAGCCACCGCGGUCCCCUAGCAGGGAGCCGGCAACGCGUUCCCCACGGAGCAGCACCACGCACGCCCCGCUGACGGGCAGCCCCGAGUUCCAGCCUCCGGGCUUCGACACGGCCAGCUUUGUGGGCGGCAUGGUGCUGGUGCUCAGCGUGCAGGCCGUCCUCUUCUUCAUCCUCAAGUUCAUCAAGUCCAAGGACAGCGCCUACCAAACGCUAGAGGACAACCAGUAGGUGCUGAGUGCUGCCGGAGGAUGGGGAGGGGGCCGCCCCGCUGCCCCACGGCUCCCCCUGGGGGAAGGGGCCCAUUCCCACCUCCCUGCUUUGCAUGGCGGGGGGUUCUCCGCUGUUUGCUGUUUGUCCCCAGGGCCGUGCGGUGACCCCACAUCCCCGUCCCUUCUGCGGUGCCCCCAAGGAGGCGGCGGGCGGCCCCCGUCCCAUUGAGCCCCUCUCUGGGGUGGGGGCUGCAGCCCUAUUAGGGAGCACCCAGCAGCGUUCAUCCCCCCCUCCCCACCCCCCCUCGGUCCCCCGGUGCGCCGUGUGGGGUCCCCCCUUUGUUCUGGCUCCAGCAUCCCGGUGCCAUCGCAUCCUGCGGGGUCCCGACCCCAUACGCUGUCCCCUCCCAUCCCCCCACAGCCCUGAGCCCCCCCUGUCCCCAUUGCCCCCCCCUGUAGGAGCAGAGCCGGACCUCACUGUGUGCUUUUGUUGUGCCUCUGUGUUCCUGGGUUUGGGGGGGGGGGGGACACGAUGGAUAUGGAGGUCGCUGUGUGUCCCCCCCUUCCCAUCCCUCCCCCCCCCCCCACGCCUUCUGUGUGCUGUUUUGGGGAGGGGGCUGCGUGCUGUGUGCUGUGGGGUGAGGUUUGUCGCUGCCCCCAUUAAACUCUGCCAGGUGGUGUCCGUGUGUCGGCCCCAUCGUGUCCUGGGGGGGGUGGGGGGGUGGGGGGAGAUGGGGUGGGGUGAGCCUGCAGAGCCCCCGUGCCCCCCAUCCCUUCUCUGCAGCAGCUCCCAUCCCCCCUACAUCCCAAUGUGGGACCCCCCCUCCCCCACAAUGGGGGCAGUGGGGUGGGGGCAGUGGGGUGGGUGCUGUGCCCCCCCCGGGCCCUUCCUGCUAUGUGCUCUUCUCUAUCCGCUGCUGCAGGAUCUGAGCUCGGGGCGAUGCUCCCCUCACCCCCCCGGGGAGGUGGAGAAGAGACCACUUCUGUGUCCCCAUCCCACACCGGGACCACCCCAAAGCCCCCCCUGGCUGUGGGACCCCCACCUGCACCACAACUAUGCAAAGCCGGCUCUGCUCGGGGGGGGCUGCAUUUGGGGGGGCCGGAGGGGGGGCUGUGCCGUGUCACCAAGUGUGAUGUCCCCAGCAUGGCACGGGAUGCUGCUGGGGUGUUCCCAGUGCUCCUCGGUGGUGUGGGGUGAGAGGGGGGGGCUCAUCCAGCUCGGCUUUGCCCCCCAUAUGCACCCCAUGCCUGCCAGGAGGAAGCUGUGCGGGUAGGAGGGUGGGGCUGUUUGCCCCCCAACCCAGGGCUGCCACAGUGGGGGCAGAGACCCAAUAAAGGACUUUCCUCGCA